GCAGACGAUCCCUUGUCUGUGGCUACACAAUUCUUAUUUGUUAUAUCUUCGUCUUUUAUGCACGGUCGCCUCACUGGUAUCUCUCCACAAGACAAGUACCGACGCAAGGCAUCCCAAUCAUAUCAUAUUCACUCCAAUCAACAUGGCACCGACACCAACUCAGCCCCAUUUCUGCUGUCGCUACCCUCAGAAUCUCUCACCCAUAUCACUUGCUAUCUUGACCCAGUUUCUUUACUUGCCCUUUGCAGGGUCAACAAACAGCUGUACGAACACCUAAAGGACGACAAUGUCUGGCAUCGCGCAUUCACUUGUCAAUUUUUGGGCAUCGAGCCUGAGAGCGACCUGAAUGACACGAAUUGUCUCACUCUAAGAAGAUCUGAACCUUCUUGGAAGAGGGAGUUUAUUACCAAGUAUUAUCUUAGGAGCCGAUGGUCGUAUUCCCGCAACGCGACCAUCACUCAUGUCCCGCAUCAUUCGACCAUCUCUGACAUCCAUCUUUUGUCCGAAGACGCACUGCUUAGUUCUUCUCUGCAAUAUGGCAUCGUCGCGCGCUCCUUUCCAUUCAAUGGCAAAGUUGUCAAGGGGUUUCUUGACACGACUGGGAGCCUUCACGGCGUCGGCGUCGGCAAUCCCAACGCGGAGUUUACGCCCAAUGUGACUACCUGUGCACUGAGAUCAGAAGGUGGAUCAGCGAAGAUCAUAUGGGGUUUUAGGAAUGGGUCAAUCUCAGUCAUAACCCAUGCACGAACAAUGGUCGCUCCCCGGACUCCGACGAAAAUACAUCAUAGCAGUGUAGAGGAAGAACAUCUAGGUGCCGUGAACGAUGCCCUUUGGACUAGCGAUGGCCGAGGCUGCGUCACUGGGAGCGCGGAUGGCGCUAUCAAGAUCUGGAGCAUAGAGCGUUUAUAUUGUCUCUGGACCUCCCCAGUGUCAGCGGGAGAUAGAAAGCCGUGCAUCAAAGUUCUGGAAGACUUGGCAAACGGAGUCGUGGUGGGCGCUUUGGAAAGUGGCGAUAUAGUCAUCUACUCUGGAUUCGACUCCGCUUUUCUUGACGGCGACGUCUCCUCACAACCUCAGCCCCUUGCCAAUUAUCUCCGCAUUCCUGCUCCAAGUUUUUCUACUUCUACCGUCUCGCAGCCAAACGAAUCUGAGGAAUCGAAUUCGGAAAUACUAUCCUUGUUCAUCGACCCGAGCACGCGGUCGCCUGGUUAUGUCUGGCUUCUUGCGGGUUAUCACAGCAGUGCCCUUUUCUACCGUUAUCAUAUCAACUUGCUUUCCGGCCACGUUGAGUGCACGUCGUUUGGUGACAAGGAUUUCGCCCCUGUCCGCUGCAUCCAACCAUAUUUUGCAAUCACCCCAGAUGAAUCAAGUUUCGUCAUUGUGGGCGAUUUCUUUGGAUGCCUCAGUGUCUAUGAUUGGAACGCAGCACCUUUGGCGACAACUGGAUCGGUCCUGAAUGUUCAACGCAUAGAGGCAUUUUUGGAUGGAUCCGUUUCCGCUAUCGCCUUCAACAAUUCUAUUCUUGCUGCUGGAUCGUCUGCAGGAAGCAUCAGCAUAUUUGAUAUCCUGACCUUCGAGUUGUUACGGUCCUUUGCUCCGCCAGUACAAGAAUAUGUGCGCAAGAUAUUACUCAACAGGGAGAUGCUGGUAGCGAGUGUUGGCAGCCGGAUCAUUGCUUGGAAGGCUAGUGCCAGAUACGGUCCUUCGAAGCCAUCCAAUAAGAAGGGCAAGCGAGCAUCAACCGCGAAGUGGCAGCAACAAAUCGAGCUGCGUCACGACAUCGCCGAGUCUCGUGAAGCUCUCAAUGAAGAAUCACGGUAUUUCCGAAAAGUUUUUGGUCGCGAGCGGGAACAGCUAUCCACGCUCGAGAAACUAGGGCUCGACGAGCGUGAGGCUGUUGACUAUGUCCUCAUGCUCAGCCGUGAGGACGAAAACAAGCGCAGGAAUCAAAUCUUGUGGCAAAAUGAAACAACAGGAUCAUCGUCAAGCGAUCAACGUGAUUCGACGUUCUCUCCUUCGGGUGCAUCUCCGUCUCCACGAUUGAAUGCUCCGCCUCGUUCUUCCUCUCGACAUUUGGCUUCGCCUUCCGCCUCGGAGAGCACUGACCAGACCUCUCAUCACAUUGGCACGGGAUCAUCUAGGUCUAGGGAGACAUCAUCCAACACUUCAUAUGAGGCGUCAUCAUCAUCAAGCGCGCCGAGCGAUGCAGAGCGCGACGUGCAACAUUUCCCUUCUAUGAGCUCGAUCUCAUCCACCCUGCCCGUUCAAAUCCCAGCGACGCCUGGGCGGUCUCCGCCUUCGGGGCGUGAUAAUACGUGGAGCGCAUCUCUACGUCGCACAGCAUCAUCAUCCUCGACCAUGUCGCAAUCAUCGGUUACGAAUUCUCAAACUUCUAGCACUCUCGCAUCGCAAUCUCCACUUGAAGGAGACCCAGAAUUAGAGGCGAUUGAGGCGAUUGAAGACGAAGAGUUGAGGUUUGCAUUGCAGUUGAGCUUGGCAGAGGCGAGAAGUCGAUCAGCUACGAGUUGAUAUGUUUACUUUCUCUGUUUCAUGGCAUUGACAACCUCAAAUUAUGCUGAAUAGAUUUUUUACUUUCCCGUCCU